UUUUGCUUUGCUUUGACAGAGUGUGGGGAUGAAGGUUGCAACCAAUCUGCCUGUCCAAGAACCUCACUGCCUGAUGUACAGAGGCCUGAAUUACUAUCGCAACUUCCAUUACAUGCAUUUUGGUGGUCCUGAAGCCUUUGUGAUGGCUGCUGCACCAGUAGGAGAGGGCACUGGAGGUGAUGGCAGCUCCUCUUUUGAUGUAACCGUCAGGACUUACUUUCCGGAAACAUGGAUCUGGCAGCUUGCUCAAGUGGGAAACACUGGAUCCACACAAGUUCCUCUGAAGGUUCCUGACACCAUCACCACAUGGGAGACUGAGGCGUUUUGUCUGUCCUCCAAAGGUUUUGGCUUGGCUCCUCCUGUUCAGCUGACUGUCUUCCAGCCCUUCUUCCUGGAGCUCUCCCUGCCUUACUCCAUCAUCCGUGGAGUCUUUUGGUGCACUAAUCCUGCAAUUCAUUGGCAGGUUAAAGUGACUCCAGCUUCUUCCUUGGACUUCAGUCUUAAACCUUUUAAUGAGCCGUAUUCAUCCUGUCUCUGUGCCAAUGGGAGAAAGACCUUUAAAUGGAUUCUCUCCGCUUCUGUUCUCGGAUCUGUAAAUGUGACUGUCAGUGCUCAGGCUGAACAAUCCCAGCUUCGAUGUGGCACUGAGGUUGUGACCGUGCCAACAAGAGGACGCAUUGAUGUAGUUACUCGCAGUCUACUGGUUCUGCCUGAAGGAGUUGAAAGGAUCUUCACCCAGAGUUGGUUAUUGUGUCCAAAGGGAAGUGUCCUUUCAGAAGAUGUGUCUCUGACGUUUCCAACAAAUGUGAUCCAGGGAUCAGCCAAGUGCUCAGUUUCAGUCUUUGGGGACAUAAUGGGUCGUGCGCUAAAGAAUCUUGAUAACUUGUUACAGAUGCCAUCUGGCUGUGGAGAACAAAAUAUGAUCAUUCUUGCUCCCAAUAUUUACAUCCCACAGUACCUGGAAGUCACUGGGCAGCUCACCCCAACCAUCCGACAGACUGCCAUUGGUUACCUUCAGAGACUUUUUAACUCCCCUUCAUUUAGGUACAAUGGUGAAAAAUCAACUACCAACAUGGUUAUCGUGAGCAUGAAACUCUUGUCGGGUUUCACAGCAGAUACGUCACUGCUUGGAUCUCCACCAGAUUCAUUUGCUCCAUUAGUGCAGCGGGUUGAUACUGGAGAUGACCAUGUGCUUGUGUAUCUGAAAGAGGUUCCCAAGGGCGUCCCCAUGACCUACAGGCUACAACUGAAACAGGUUCUUGCAGUGCAGAAUCUCAAGCCAGCGGUCGUUGAAGUUUAUGACUACUAUCAGCCAAGUGAUGUGUUUGAGACCACAUACAUGCCUCCUUGUCCAUGAUUGUGCUUAAUUUCUAGCUAU